CGAGAACUCACGCUGGGUACAGAACACAGCCAAGUACAGAUGCUUGGAUGAACGAAGAGUCGACUUCAAAGGAUAGCAUUACGAUAGACCGGUUAAGACCCGCGCAGGUUCAACAAUUUGACCGCGCUACACUGUGUGAGAGGCUACAAGGAAUGUUCGUGCACUACCAAGUCGAGGAGUUCGAUUCGCUCAGCACGACAUAGAUGCUUAUUUAGUUCCAUGGGAGGAUGACAAAACUGUGAAUUAAACAAAGAGCCAACCCGAUUGAUUCAUUGAAGUUUUCUGUCCGGUUUCUCACGCGAUUGUAUAGUGGAAAAAGCAACUCGCCUAAGACACAAGAGACAAAAGGAUGAGCAUAGUACACGAUAAUUUCAGCGUUCCAAAUGGCUCGCUCAAUCCUUUUUCACCACCUCAAAAUGUGCGGUCCUCAGCUCGUCCAUCGGCCCACGAGUUCCUUUUCGGCGCCGGGUCCGACACCUUCCCAACAUCUAGCGUCGCAGCUGUUCGCCCUCCUAACAGCAGUAUAAAUCUGGCGUCUGACACAACUGGCGCUAGAGCAGGAAGCAAUCAGCGACAGCACAACAUGUUCGCAGGAUCUGUAAUUCACCAGCUUCACCCAAGCCACUACAACAGCCUGCAAGAGCCGCAUCGCGAAGGUACCAGUGGUUCGCCACAUGGAUUUUAUUCCGUCGCUCAUGCUCACGAUCCACCCGGUUCUCACUAUCAACAAACUGGCGGGCCGCUAGCCGGCCCGUACAGGUUUUCCAAAGGCCUUGAUUACUAUUCGCGAGAAGACAAAUUUGACGCCGCUCACCACUCGCAGUUUGCGAACCCUUUCGCUGCCCCGCGCUAUGAGUUCAUGCAGCACCCAGGACUUGCCAUGCCUGCAAGUUAUCUGCGACAGCCCUUGAGUCAUGUGGUGGUUUGUGAAUGGAUCGAACCGGGCAGCAAAGGAAAGCCUUGUGGGAGACAAUUCUUUCGAAUGCACGACGUUGUUGCUCAUCUCUCUGAAGAUCAUGUUGGAGGACCGGAAAGCAGCUCACAUGUGUGCUUUUGGAAGGACUGCUCUCGUAAUGGACUUCCCUUUAAGGCCAAGUAUAAGCUUAUUAACCACAUUCGUGUGCACACGGGGGAAAAGCCCUUUUCGUGUCCUUUCCCUGGCUGCGGGAAGCUGUUUGCCAGGUCAGAAAAUCUAAAGAUUCACAAGCGAACGCACACCGGCGAGAAACCAUUUAUGUGCGAAUAUCCGGGUUGCGACCGACGCUUUGCAAACUCGAGCGACAGAAAGAAGCACUCACACGUCCACACGUCUGAUAAACCAUACAUCUGCAAAAUCGAAGGAUGCAACAAGAGUUAUACUCACCCAAGCUCUUUACGAAAACACAUGAAGCUACACCAAAAGCCUUCAGAAUCCCUGGGUGUGCCUAGUCCUCAAGAUAACGAAAGCAUAUCCUCCGCUCGGACAACUUCGCCCGCUUUUCAUACCGCCUCAACGUACCCACCAAUGUCGGAUUGGUUUAAUCGCUUGCCGCCGUCUCAGAAUCACGACCACUUUCACAUGGACACAAACGGGAGCAUGGCCGCCGGUCAAGCUCCUUUGACGUCCUACUGACAUCCUACCGAGAAAAUAAAGACUUCACUCGUUUAUCAUGGAGGCCAGACAGAACUAUUUAAAUAGCCGUUUGAAUCAACAAGCGGGAACGUUUUUCAUCAGUAAAGCUCUGCCUGUCUACUCAAGAAAACAUGGGCUCGGUUGUUCCUGCCAAAUUUCAAAGGACCUCAAAUUUACUUCAGUGUCCAUAACACACUAAAGCUUAAAGAACUCUAAUUUGUAUUCUCGCAAUCAGAGCUUAUCAAAAGUGAUUUUAAUGAACGCUUUUGGAACAGUUGCUAUACGAUGAAAUGGCGCACCAAAAGACGAACGAAUACGGGCAGAAAGCUGGACUCUUAGGUCUCAGUCAGGCUUAAAAGCUCGAAAUAUCCUUAACAACCGGACAGAAAGGUACAGUGCCUUACAAAACAAGUAAAAAAUUCGCUUUAAUAUUGCCAGAAGAAAUAAAACUAUGAAGAACAAGAAUUUGUCAUAUAUCUGACCGAAGGCAACGAUUUUCGGCUCAGUUGGCCAUUAAAAUUUAUCCAAGUUUUAGCUUACAAUAUUUUCUUAUUUAUGUGAGAAUAUUUCCCGUUUCCGAACAGCACUGUAAAUAGCAUAUUUGGGAUAUGACUCCACCUGGGAUAUUAAACAGAC